CGACCAACCAGUGGUUCAUCCCGGCUGUGAGAGGGGACAUCCCUCCUGGGUGUGCAGCCUAUGGCUUCGUGUGCGAUGGGACACGCUUGCUCGUGUUUGGAGGGAUGGUGGAAUACGGGAAGUACAGCAACGACCUCUACGAGCUCCAGGCAAGCCGGUGGGAAUGGAAGAGACUGAAAGCAAAGACACCCAAAAAUGGGCCUCCUCCGUGUCCUCGGCUCGGGCACAGCUUCUCCCUUGUGGGCAACAAAUGUUACCUGUUUGGGGGUCUGGCCAAUGAUAGCGAGGACCCCAAGAACAACAUUCCGAGGUACCUGAAUGACUUAUACAUCCUGGAACUGCGGCCGGGCUCUGGAGUGGUAGCCUGGGACAUUCCCAUCACUUACGGUGUCCUGCCCCCACCCCGAGAGUCUCACACUGCAGUGGUCUACACCGAGAAAGACAACAAGAAGUCCAAACUGGUGAUCUAUGGAGGGAUGAGUGGCUGCAGGCUGGGGGACCUCUGGACCCUGGAUAUCGAGACUUUGACGUGGAAUAAGCCCAGCCUCAGUGGGGUGGCACCUCUUCCUCGAAGUCUCCACUCGGCCACUACCAUAGGAAACAAAAUGUACGUGUUUGGUGGCUGGGUGCCUCUCGUCAUGGAUGACGUCAAAGUGGCCACACACGAGAAGGAGUGGAAGUGUACCAACACCCUGGCUUGUCUCAACCUGGAUACCAUGGCUUGGGAGACCAUCCUGAUGGAUACGCUGGAAGACAAUAUUCCCAGGGCCCGUGCCGGCCACUGCGCAGUAGCCAUCAAUACCCGCCUUUACAUUUGGAGUGGGCGUGACGGCUACCGAAAGGCCUGGAACAACCAGGUCUGCUGCAAGGACCUCUGGUACCUGGAAACGGAAAAGCCGCCACCUCCAGCCCGGGUACAGCUGGUGCGAGCCAACACUAACUCCCUGGAGGUGAGCUGGGGGGCCGUGGCGACAGCCGACAGUUACCUUCUGCAGCUCCAGAAAUAUGACAUUCCUGCCACGGCUGCCACUGCCACCUCCCCCACACCCAAUCCAGUCCCGUCUGUGCCUGCCAAUCCUCCCAAGAGCCCUGCCCCAGCAGCAGCCGCACCUGCCGUGCAGCCGCUGACCCAAGUAGGCAUCACGCUCCUGCCCCAGGCUGCUGCCGCGCCCCCGACCACCACCACCAUCCAGGUCUUGCCGACGGUGCCUGGCAGCUCAAUCUCCGUGCCCGCCGCAGCCAGGACUCAAGGUGUCCCGGCUGUGCUGAAAGUGACCGGUCCUCAGGCUACCACGGGAACCCCAUUGGUCACCAUGCGACCUGCCAGCCAGGCUGGGAAAGCCCCCGUGACUGUGACCUCCCUUCCCGCAGGCGUGCGGAUGGUUGUGCCUACACAGAGUGCCCAGGGGACGGUCAUUGGCAGCAGCCCACAGAUGAGUGGCAUGGCUGCGUUGGCAGCCGCGGCUGCUGCCACCCAGAAGAUCCCUCCUUCCUCGGCACCCACAGUCCUGAGUGUCCCGGCUGGCACUACCAUCGUCAAAACCGUGGCCGUGACGCCAGGCACCACCACGCUCCCAGCCACUGUGAAGGUGGCCUCCUCACCAGUCAUGGUGACAACCCAGCCCACUCGCAUGCUGAAGACUGCAGCUGCCCAGGUGGGGACCUCUGUCUCUUCUGCCGCCAACACAUCUACCCGUCCCAUCAUCACUGUACACAAGUCCGGGACCGUGACAGUGGCCCAGCAAGCCCAGGUGGUGACCACAGUGGUGGGUGGGGUCACCAAGACCAUCACCCUGGUGAAGAGCCCCAUCUCGGUCCCAGGAGGCAGUGCUCUGAUUUCCAACCUGGGCAAAGUGAUGUCAGUGGUCCAGACCAAACCGGUUCAGACUUCGGCAGUCACAGGCCAGGCAUCUACAGGCCCGGUGACUCAGAUUAUCCAGACCAAAGGACCCCUGCCAGCCGGGACCAUCCUGAAGCUGGUGACGUCUGCAGAUGGCAAGCCCACUACCAUCAUCACAACCACGCAGGCCAGCGGGGCAGGGACUAAGCCUACCAUCCUGGGCAUCAGCAGUGUGUCCCCCAGCACCACCAAGCCCGGCACCACCACUAUCAUUAAGACCAUCCCCAUGUCGGCCAUCAUCACACAGGCGGGCGCCACGGGCGUGACUAGCAGUGCCGGCAUCAAGUCGCCCAUCACCAUUAUCACCACCAAGGUGAUGACUUCUGGAACUGGAGCCCCCGCCAAAAUCAUCACGGCUGUUCCCAAAAUCGCUACGGGCCACGGGCAGCAAGGAGUGACCCAGGUGGUGCUGAAGGGUGCACCUGGCCAGCCAGGCACAAUCCUGCGCACCGUGCCUAUGGGGGGUGUCCGCCUGGUUACCCCCGUUACUGUCUCUGCUGUCAAGCCGGCCGUCACCACACUGGUUGUCAAGGGCACCACAGGUGUCACGACCCUGGGCACGGUGACAGGCACCGUCUCUACCAGCCUGGCCGGAGCCGGGGGCCAUAGCACCAGCGCCUCACUGGCCACGCCCAUCACCACGUUGGGCACCAUCGCCACCCUCUCAAGUCAGGUGAUCAACCCCACUGCCAUCACUGUGUCGGCGGCGCAGACGACGCUAACGGCGGCCGCUGGGCUCACCACGCCCACCAUCACCAUGCAGCCUGUCUCCCAGCCUACCCAGGUGACUCUGAUAACGGCACCCAGCGGGGUGGAGGCCCAGCCUGUGCACGACCUCCCAGUGUCCAUUCUGGCCUCCCCUACUACAGAACAGCCCACGGCCACGGUCACCAUCGCUGAUUCAGGCCAGGGUGACGUGCAGCCCGGCACCGUGACCCUGGUGUGCUCCAACCCGCCGUGCGAGACCCAUGAGACAGGCACCACCAACACAGCCACCACCACCGUCGUCGCUAAUCUUGGGGGGCACCCCCAGCCCACCCAAGUGCAGUUCGUCUGCGACAGACAGGAGGCCACUGCUGCUCUCGUGACCUCCACGGUGGGCCAGCCGAAUGGCAGUGUCGUUCGUGUCUGCUCCAACCCGCCGUGUGAAACUCACGAGACUGGCACCACCAGCACAGCCACCACCGCCAUGUCUGGCAUCGGAGGUGGGCCGCGGCGAGACAUCCGGCUCGCCUGCGCGGCCACCACCAUUCCCACCGUGGUCCGGGUCAGCGUGACUGCCGGGGCGUCAGAGGGAGCCCAGGUUUCCAUCAAGCCCGCAUGCCAAACCCGUCAGACCAGCGCGACCAGCACCACCAUGACUGUGAUGGCCACCGGGGCCCCGUGCUCAGCCGGCCCGCUCCUCAGACCAAGUGUGGCCCUCGAGGCCGCUGGCCGCGGUGCCACUCUCUUACAGCUGGGGCCGCUGAGUGCCCAGGUCAGGCCCGGUGGCGAGGAAAGGUCCCUUGCCGGCCUGGGCCCGCUGGUGUCCAUGGGGCGCCAGCUGGAGGUGCAUCACACGCACACGACCAACACAGCCACUGUGGCCUGCUCUGCCAUGGGUGCCGGGGAGCCCCAUGAGCUGCUGGGGGCCCCCACACUUGUGUACGAGAGUUCAGCCAGUGCCUCUGUGACUGCCACGGCCUUGGAAGCACUGCUGUGCCCCUCGGCCACCGUGACCCAGGUCUGCUCCAACCCCCCGUGUGAGACCCACGAGACGGGCACCACCCACACACCCACCACGGCCACAUCCGGAGGAGCUGCAGGCCAGCCAGAGGGCGGGCAGCAGCCUCCUGCCAGCCGGCCCUGUGAGACGCACCAGACCGCUUCCACUGGCACGACCAUGUCUGUCAGCUUGGGCGCCCUGCUCCCGGAUGCCGCCCCCUCCCACAGGACCCUGGAGUCCAGCCUGGAGGUGGCAGUGCCACCCGCAGUCACCCCUCAGGCCGGCACUUCGUUGCUCACUCCUUUCCCAACGCAAAGGGUGUGCUCCAACCCGCCCUGUGAGACGCACGAGACAGGCACUACGCACACAGCCACCACUGUCACCUCCAACAUGAGUUCCAACCAAGACCCCCCACCGCCUGCUGGUGACCAGGGAGAGGUGGAGAGCACCCAGGGCGACAGUGUGAAUAUCGCCAGUUCCAGUCCCAUCACGACAACAGUGUCCUCCACGCUGACACGGGCCGUGACCACCGUGACGCAGUCCACGCCAGUCCCAGGCCCUUCGGUGCCGCCCCCAGAGGAGCUCCAGGCCUCUCCAGGGCCGCGCCAGCAGCUUCCACCACGGCAGCUCCUGCAGCCUGCCUCCGCGCCCCUGGUGGGGGACUCCGCCGAGGUCCUGUCAGCCUCCCAGAGCCCUGAGCUCCAGGCCGCCGUGGAUCUGAGCAGUACAGGGGACCCGUCUUCAGGCCAGGAGCCUGCCACCUCGGCUGUGGUGGCCACCGUGGUGGUCCAGCCACCGCCACCCACCCAGUCUGAAGUAGACCAGUUGUCCCUCCCCCAAGAGCUGAUGGCCGAGGCCCAGGCGGGCACCACCACCCUCAUGGUGACAGGGCUCACCCCAGAGGAGCUGGCAGUGACUGCUGCUGCUGAAGCAGCCGCGCAGGCUGCAGCCACAGAGGAGGCCCAGGCCCUGGCCAUCCAGGCCGUACUCCAGGCCGCACAGCAGGCUGUCAUGGGCACUGGGGAGCCCAUGGAUACUUCAGAGGCGGCCGCGGCGGUGACGCAGGCAGAGCUGAGCCACCUGUCGGCUGAGGGCCAGGAAGGCCAGGCGACCACUAUUCCCAUUGUGCUAACGCAACAGGAGCUGGCCGCCCUGGUCCAGCAGCAGCAGCUUCAGGAGGCGCAGGCCCAGCAGCAGCAGCACCACCUGCCCACGGAAGCUCUGGCCCCUGCCGACAGCCUCAAUGACCCGACCAUCGAGAGCAACUGCCUCAAUGAGCUGGCCGGGGCUGUGCCCAGUACCGUGGGCCUACUGCCCCCCACGGCCACUGAGAGCCUGGCCCCGUCGAACACAUUUGUGGCCCCCCAGCCGGUCGUCGUGGCCAGCCCCGCGAAGCUGCAGGCCGCGGCCACCCUGACAGAAGUGGCCAACGGCAUUGAGUCCCUGGGUGUGAAGCCAGACCUGCCACCGCCACCUAGCAAAGCCCCUGUAAAGAAGGAGAACCAGUGGUUUGACGUGGGGGUUAUUAAGGGCACCAAUGUGAUGGUGACACACUAUUUCCUGCCACCCGAAGACGCUGUCCCGACUGAUGAUGACUCAGGCACCAUGCCCGACUACAACCAGCUAAAGAAGCAGGAGCUGCAGCCAGGCACUGCCUAUAAGUUCCGCGUCGCCGGGAUCAAUGCCUGUGGCCGGGGGCCCUUCAGUGAGAUCUCAGCCUUUAAAACAUGUCUGCCUGGCUUCCCGGGGGCCCCGUGUGCCAUUAAAAUCAGCAAAAGUCCAGACGGUGCUCACCUCACCUGGGAGCCGCCCUCUGUGACCUCCGGCAAGAUCAUCGAGUACUCAGUGUACCUGGCCAUCCAGAGCGCACAGGCCGGUGGUGAGACCAAGAGCUCGACCCCAGCGCAGCUGGCCUUCAUGCGGGUGUACUGCGGGCCCAGCCCCUCCUGCCUCGUGCAGUCCUCCAGCCUCUCCAACGCCCACAUUGACUACACCACCAAGCCCGCCAUCAUCUUCCGCAUCGCCGCCCGCAACGAGAAGGGCUAUGGCCCAGCCACCCAAGUCAGGUGGUUGCAAGAAACCAGUAAAGACAGCUCUGGCGCCAAGCCGGCCAGCAAGCGGCCCAUGUCGUCUCCAGAAAUGAAAUCUGCGCCAAAGAAAUCGAAGGCAGACGGUCAGUGAGAGGCAGCUGCCCGGCGCCUGGCUUCUUCUCCAGCCUCCCCUCUGCUUCAGGACCGCCGCCUGCCCCGCCCCGCCCACCCCACGCCUGGCGCGCACUCCACCCUCACGAGCCAGCAGCUGCCCUCCUCCCCCCUUCCUCUCUCUCUGUUUUUACAAGAAUCUUGAGAAAGCACAUUUUACCAUGGCUGCGGGGAUGGGGGGCGGGGGGCGGGGAGCGGAAGGCAGAUGCUAAAGAGCAAGUGAGGGAGCGGGUGCACCCCCUUCCUCCAGGGAGCCCUCGAGCGAGAGACCUAAACGCACCGGAGCAGACGGAAAGCCCACCUCCUCCAAAGUCUGCACACCUCUUGCUAUUGCCCUUGGCUCCAGGGAUCAGCCAAGGCCCGAGGAGUUGGUGGGGGGAGCUUGUAGAAGCACCCCUGGCCCCCUUCCCCACCUCUAGCCUCAGAGUCUUGGGGGGCACGCCCCCCCCCCCCCCGAACCGGGUAUCUGUCUGGUUCUGUUUUCCUUUGUGACCUUAGCAUUUCUUGCCACGUGACGCCCGCCUGCCCUUUUGGUUUAUCCAACCCUGCCCUGCCUGGCAGUCCCAUGGGAAGCUGACACGUUUUCUCAGAGGCCUUCAUUCUCCCAUCCCGUCCUCCCUCCCCUCCUCUUACCGUUCAGAGAAGAAAAAGUGAACGAAAAAGCGAGGGGCGGAGAAGGAGCCCCAUGGUGGCCUGAGCAGUGUUCUGUGAAAACCUCCUGAUGCCCACCUGGGGCCUCGAGGAGCCCUCCCACCGAGCCCGGCUUCGGCCUCUCUGGGGUCGGGGUUAGGGGCCACAUCACCAACUGCUGCAUUUGUUGUAUUUUUUUUAAGUUGAAAUGGAUGAAGUUAACAGUUUUAUUGUAAUUUUAGUCUUAGCGUGUGGGGUUUUGUCCCUUUUUUUUGUUGUUAUUAUUAGUUGUGUACAGAAUGUGUAUCUUUUUCUGUUUUUUUUUUUUUUUUUUUUCUUUUUUAACCUUUUAUCCUUGGCGAAGCCUUGGCAGGGAUCUUUCUGGACGAAAAAGUGAGGGGUGGCCAGGGCAGGAGGAGUAUGGCAUUUUCCCUGUGGGCCUGGUGUCUGCUGCCCAGUGCGAUUUUCUUUCUGGCCCCUGCCGUGUGCCCUGCUGCCUGUCCCCAGGUCUCUGGGAUGACGGAGGGUGAGCGGUCAAAUCUUGCCCCCCUCUUGGCUCCAACACUUAGAGGCUUGAGCUUGAGAGUCCUCUAGAACCCAGAGUCAGACUUCCUGAGGACGAUGGUGCAAAGGCGUGGGUACAACCCGAUACCCAGCCCUGGCUCCGUGGCCCUCUCCACGACCCCCAGGCUCCCUCCCUGGCAUGAGUGCUUAGAACAUCCAACAUACAGCCGCCACUUCCCGCGGCCACCCUCUCUGGGCAGGGAUGGCACACGUUGGACAGGAACCCAGCCUCUGAGGCUGCCUGGGACGACAAGUCGUGUGGUACCAUCAAUGCUACGAAGUUGGGCUCUGGGCUCUGCUGGGAGCGGCUAGUCCAGUGCCAGCUCUGCCCCAUGUCCAAGGUUUUUAGCAAGGAGUGAGACUUGCGAGCAAGUCGCACCGAAGGAUUUAAACCGAACAGCCGAUGUCUUCAAAGCCCCUUCCUCUGCCCUGGAGAUGCAGCUGGGGCUGGGAAGACCCCAGCCUCUGCAGACCCCUGCCCCUAGCCCCCACCCUCUGGGGCCUCUGUUGUAUUAUAGUAUAUUUCGCUGUGGAAAACGUCACGUUUAGUCACCUUGGAGCCCACCGCCUGAUCCCAUUGUCUUCCCCCCCCAGCCCGAUUCCUGAGCGCCCUCUGAUCUCUCUGUUUCUGGAAACAGUACGCCCAUUCAUUAUUGUAGAGUAACCCUUGUGACUCAAUAUUACCAUAGUGCGAUGUCGUUUUGUGCUAUUUUGAACAAUUAAAAGACUUUUUGAAAUAACGA